CCGAGGAACACGUAUUGCUUUCUCACAAGGCCAAACCCCUUGGGGUUGUUUUUUUAUGUUGUUGUUGCAUGCAGGGAGAAAUUUUCAAUUUCUGUUUGGCAUUUUGUUAGCUUUUUUUUCUUCUUCUUUGUUUUUGAAUUAAUGCUGCUAUCUGUAAUUCCUCUUUCGGCCGUUUGACACAGAGAGUAUAUACUUUUGGAAAAGGAAGAAGUGAGGGCAAUAAGGGCAUGAAGUCCUUGUUGGGAGGAAAAGGAGCAAAUUUGGCAGAGAUGGCAAGCAUUGGCUUAUCAGUGCCUUCUGGGUUUACCAUAUCAACAGAAGCAUGCCAAGAGUAUCAGAUGAAUGGGAAAAGUCUAUUGCCAGAUGGGCUGUGGGAGGAGAUAUUGGAAGGGUUGGAGAGUGUUGAGAAGGAAAUGGGGGCAUCCCUGGGUGACCCUUCCAAGCCCCUCCUUCUAUCUGUUCGAUCCGGUGCCGCAAUGUCAAUGCCUGGCAUGAUGGACACUGUUCUCAACCUUGGACUGAAUGAUGAUGUGGUUGCUGGUUUGGCUGUAAAAAGUGGAGAGCGGUUUGCCUACGAUUCAUACAGACGUUUCCUAGACAUGUUAGGAGAUGUUGUAAUGGGCAUUCGACACUCAUCAUUUGAGGAAAAGCUAGAACAUUUGAAGAAUGUAAGAGGAGUUAAGCAUGAUACUGAGCUAACAGCCUCUGAUCUAAAAGCGCUGGUGGGACAAUACAAAAAUGUCUAUCUUGAAACAAAGGGUGAAAAUUUCCCUUCAGACCCAAAGAAACAAUUACAAUUGGCCGUUAAAGCAGUUUUUGACUCUUGGGACAGCCCGAGAGCUAUCAAGUAUCGGAGCAUUAAUCAUAUAACUGGGCUAAAGGGCACAGCAGUAAACAUUCAGUGCAUGGUGUUUGGGAACAUGGGAAACACUUCAGGGACAGGGGUCCUCUUCACUAGGAACCCAAGCACUGGUGAAAAGAAGCUGUAUGGGGAGUUUUUAGCAAACGCUCAGGGAGAGGAUGUAGUAGCUGGAAUUCGAACACCAGAGAACUUGGAUGCCAUGAAAAGUUACAUGCCCGAAGCUUACAAGGAGCUUGUGGAGAAUUGUGAAAUUUUGGAGGGACAUUACAAAGAUAUGAUGGAUAUAGAAUUCACUGUCCAAGAAAGUAAGCUUUGGAUGUUGCAAUGCCGGACAGGCAAGCGUACAGGAGCAUGUGCAGUAAAGAUUGCUGUAGAUAUGGUUAACGAAGGGCUUGUUGAUACUCGAACUGCGAUUAAGAUGGUGGAGCCACAGCAUAUUGACCAACUUCUUCAUCCUCAGUUUGAUGAUUCAUCUGCCUACAAAGACAAAGUGAUUGCCAAGGGGUUGCCUGCAUCUCCUGGAGCAGCAGUGGGCCAGGUUGUUUUCAGUGCUGAUGAUGCUGAAGCAUGGCAUGCACAAGGAAAGAGUGUUAUCUUGGUGCGGACAGAAACCAGUCCAGAGGAUGUUGGAGGCAUGCAUGCGGCUGCUGGGAUAUUGACAGCUAGAGGAGGCAUGACAUCUCAUGCGGCUGUUGUAGCCCGUGGGUGGGGAAAGUGUUGCAUUGCAGGUUGUGCUGGUAUUCGAGUCAAUGAUUCCGACAAGGUUGUUGUCAUUGGAGACAAGGUUAUUGGGGAAGGUGAAUGGAUUUCACUAAAUGGAUCUACGGGUGAAGUGAUAAUGGGUAAACAGCCGCUCUCUCCUCCGGCUCUAAGUGGUGAUUUGGAGACUUUCAUGUCUUGGGCGGACAAAUUAAGGCAGCUCAAGGUCAUGGCAAACGCCGACACACCUGAAGAUGCACAAACAGCAAGAAACAAUGGUGCUGAAGGAAUUGGCCUCUGUAGGACAGAGCAUAUGUUCUUUGCAUCAGAUGAGAGGAUAAAGGCUGUGAGAAAGAUGAUAAUGGCUGUGACAUCUGAACAGAGGAAGGAAGCUCUAGAUGUGUUGUUGCCUUUCCAAAGAUCUGACUUUGAGGGCAUAUUUCGUGCAAUGGAUGGUUUACCGGUGACAGUACGACUUUUAGACCCUCCACUCCAUGAAUUUCUACCAGAAGGUGACCUGCAAGACAUAGUCAGUGAACUAACUAAAGAAACUGGUGUGACUGAAGAUGAAGUUUAUUCAAGGAUUGAAAAUUUAUCCGAGGUGAAUCCCAUGCUUGGUUUUCGAGGCUGCAGGCUAGGGAUAUCAUACCCGGAGCUAACUGAAAUGCAGGUCCGUGCAAUCUUUCAGGCUGCUGUCACUUUAGGCAAGACGGGUGUUACCGUUCUUCCUGAGAUUAUGGUUCCCCUCGUCGGAACACCUCAGGAACUACAACAUCAAGCGAGUAUAAUUCGUAGUGUAGCCAAAAAAGUGUUCGCCGAGAUGGGAUCCUCCUUGAGCUUUAGCAUAGGGACUAUGAUUGAGGUUCCUAGAGCCACCCUGAUUGCAGACGAGAUUGCAAGGGAAGCCGAGUUCUUCUCCUUUGGGACGAAUGAUCUCACGCAAAUGACAUUUGGUUACAGUAGAGACGAUGUUGGCAAGUUUCUCCCAAUAUACCUAGCCAAAGGCAUCCUCCAAAGAGAUCCAUUUGAGGUUCUUGAUCAGAAAGGAGUGGGCCAGCUUGUCAAGAUCGCCAUAGAAAAAGGUCGUGGUGCUAGGCCAAGCUUGAAGGUCGGAAUAUGUGGAGAGCACGGUGGAGAGCCUUCAUCCAUUGCGUUCUUUGCAGAGGCUGGUCUGGACUACGUUUCGUGUUCUCCAUUCAGGGUGCCUAUUGCUAGGUUAGCUGCAGCUCAAGUUGCCGCGGGAUGAAGAACUAUAGGUUCAUGAGUGAAGGGGUACCGUAUUGCACAUGUUUUUGCAUUCUGUUGUUGUUUCAAAUAAAUAACAAUGUGUUAAAAAUCAAUAAGGGAAAAUGAUUGUCCUUGCACUCUUGUAGACAAGAGGAUAUUAGAAUUUGUGCGUGUUGGAUAUUUUUGUAACAUGCUUAUAAAGAACUAUUUUUGGUCCAAUAUGAUGUGAAACAACCUUUUUGGC